GAUGGCCUAUGACCGCUAUGUGGCCAUCUGCAAGCCCCUGCACUAUACCAGCAUCAUGAACCGGCAGGUGUGCGCUGUCCUUGUGGGAAUAGCGUGGGUGGGAGGCUUCGUGCAUUCCUUAGCCCAGAUCCUCCUCAUCUUCCAUUUGCCCUUCUGUGGUCCCAAUGUCAUAGACCAUUAUUUUUGUGACGUGCUUCCCCUGCUCAAACUUGCCUGCUCAGAUACCUUCCUCAAUGGUCUUCUGAUUGUUGCCAAUGGAGGGUCACUGUCUGUGAUCAGCUUUGUGGUCCUCUUAGCAUCCUAUGUGGUCAUCUUGCUCCAUCUGCGGACCCGGAGCUCUGAGGGACGGCGCAAAGCCCUGUCUACCUGUGGGUCCCACGUCACCGUGGUUGUCUUGUUUUUUGCACCCUGUGUCUUCAUCUAUCUGAGACCUUCUGCAACUCUGCCUGUAGACAAGAUGGUAUCUGUGUUCUACACAGUGAUAACUCCCCUCCUCAAUCCCAUCAUCUAC